AUGGAGUCUCAGCAGUCCCGGGACUCACGCAGUACAUCUGUGUCUUCGAAUUCCCUGCCUCUUGGGCGACCCGAGUCCCAUGGUUCUGGCAUCGCCACUCUGACGGAACGAGAAUCAAUGAAUGCAGCUCUGGACAACUACCAUAACGCAGCAUACCAGUCUGGAUCGCUCACCCUCUUCAACGAGUUCACUAGUCCACCCGACCCCGCCACCACGUCCGAUGAGAAAGGCCUGUCCGAGGAACUUCAUGGAGGUCUGAGUGGCUUGUAUAGUCGCUUCAGGACCUCCGUUGGAGGAGUGAGGGAUAUCGUUGGCGGCGGCGGGAAAUCAACCGACAAACCCGCUACAGAGAUUUCGGUCAAGAGUCCUGUUUCUGAACAUCCGAUAGCGAAAUCUCUCUCAGACCCAGCUACAAGCUUCGCAGAUUAUCCACCAUCACACCCCAACUCCUCACAGGGAUCAAGACUCCACUCGCCUGUCGUUCCUAACUUUCACUCGCAUCAAGAGGGUUCGCCGCAACAACACCUGGGAAAGAGGUCGAGGAUAUCUUCAAAAAGUGGAAGCACAUCCUCUAAGGCCUCUGUGCCGCCAACCCCGGGAAACAACCCUAAUAUUACAGCGUUGACCAAAGACACCGGUAGUGCCACCGGGGCAGACCCUACAGUCACCCAGCUUCAUGUGAAUGUAAUAGGGAGUUCCGAGCGCUCGAGGAGUAGCUCUGUGAAUGUUCCGUUACAGAACGUGCAUGCUGCAGACUCGGCAAGUGUUGGAGGCAAGGGAGGCCGUGUGGAUCUUUCCAUGAGUCAAGCGUCCCCUUCAUUACCCCAGGACCUUUCCGGUUCCCCAGCUCCCUCCGCAAAAACUCACGGUAGCCGCCAGGAGGACUCAGCCUCCAAAGAACCUUUCUUUUCAGCAAACCGUCCUGCGGAUGAUCAGUCUCGGCAGUCGGUGGGCUCUACAGAUCAGCAGAAGCUGCCAGAAAACAGAUCUCAACCAGCUAUUAUGCGGAAUCCCAAGCAAGCUGACCCUAGUCAUGACCUUAUGGCGCAGCGCUCAGGAGAGAGGUCGAGUUCCCGAACAUCUUUCCCCUACGAAGAUUCGAGAGCGUCGGUUUCUGCCUCAACUAGUUUGUCAAAGCUGUCUUCUCAUGAUGGAGUACCACGUCCUGCCGAUAAGCUCCGAUCUAGCAUGAUGAAAAGUGCUCCCAGCGGCGACAGCAAGUUCAAUGAACACUCAAAGGCUAUGGCUCCUGGCAGAACCAAUGGCCAAUCAACUUCCUCAACCCGGCUAGGGCGGUUGCCUGGCUACGUGAUGUCACGAGCCUCCACAGCUGAAACCACUACGACGGUGUCUUCCUUGCCUCCGUUGAACACUUCAUUCGAUACAACUGCUAGUCAAUUCCUUCAGGCCAACCGCCGAGCCCCCGCCGGGGGUGACGGUGUCUUCUCGCAGCUGAAAAGUAAGUUGCUUAGCAGGGACUUCUGGAUGCGCGAUGAGAACGCAAAAGACUGCUUUCACUGCGGAGAACCAUUCACCACCUUUCGCCGAAAACACCAUUGUCGAACUUGUGGUCAAAUCUUUGAUUCGAAAUGCACUGUACUUAUCUCAGGAAUACGGUUCGGACAACCUGGAAAUAUUCGAGUUUGCAACCCAUGCGAGAAGAUGAUCAAUGCUCAUGAUGACGAUUCGUCUGAUUUCUCCGACAGCGAAAGUCCCACAGUUCCUAAUCCCCGGGUUUCCGAACUCAACUGGAGCGCUACUGCCAGGGCCUCAUCGGCUGAUGAUGACGAUUCAUCUUCAGUUGUGUCACAGUCGAUUGAUAACGUUUUGAGGACCCCGACAAUGGCUAUACCAGCCACCAGACGUGCUGGGGAGGGACACAACCGCCGCUCGGCCAUUCUUGAGAUUGAUUCUGAUCGCCCUUUGGCACGGCCGACAUCGUCGCGCUCCCUGCGGUCCUCGCUGGGGGGAAGGCCGCACUCCGUCAGCCACAAACGUCAUCACUCUCGCCAGCAAUACAUCCGAGGCUUCAAACCAUCUCAUGAAGAUCGCGCCCCCUUUCAACGUCGACAUGGGGAUGAUGCGGAUUCUGAAUCCCGGCUUCCUGCUUUUCAUAAAGACAAUAUUAUUGACCCUGAUCUUGCUCAAUAUCUUUCGGAUGACGCAUCCAGUGGUGAUGAACAGCCAAGUCUCUUGUCUGCCGUCUCUGAAGGUGCUCUGUCCAAGAGUGGGGGUGAAAGUGAGAGGGCCUCUUUUGGGGGGAUCCUUGCCGCCAUGAAGAAGAGCAAGUCGCCUUUCGGAGACCGAAGCUUCGUUCAUAUGAACCGAGAAGCAGAUGAAAGUUCCGUCACCAGUUCAAGAGCCGUGAACUUGCCUCGACUUUCUCGGCGGCGAAACCUGAGUGUUGCUAGCAGUCUUCACCCGCGCCAUUCACCCAGAACAUCAAAAGACAAUAUGCUAUCUCACGACGCCUCAAUUCCAGCUAUCUGUUUGCCUCCCGAUUCAAAGCAGACCGGCUUCAAGAUGACCCGGAGUUCAUCAAUGAGGGGCAAUGAAGCGCCGCCGGUUGAACUGAACCGAGCCAGUCUGGAACAUGUGCGAAAGCUUCUCCGCCAGCUGCUUGUAGAGGCCACUGUACCCCACGUCGACAGCUGGGAGAAUGCCUUAAUUCCGAUUCUGUUGAAGGCAGGCGACGAAGUUGACCCAGAUGUCCAACAUGGGGAUGACAUGGACAUUCGACAUUAUGUCAAAUUGAAGAAGAUUCCUGGCGGCCGGCCUGGCGACACUUCUUACGUAUCGGGUCUCGUUUUUACGAAAAACUUGGCCUUGAAAGGCAUGUCACGAAACAUCCCACGCCCGAACAUAUUGAUCAUUACUUUCCCUCUUGAAUAUGCUCGGCAACAACAGCAUUUCAUGAGUCUGGAACCAGUCAUCAGACAAGAGCGUGAGUUCCUGGAGAACUUAGUCAGUCGGAUCUCAGCAUUACACCCAAACUUGCUGUUGGUCGAGAAGACUGUUUCUGGUCUAGCACUUGGCCUCCUUGAGCAGGCCGGGAUUGCGACUGCAUACAACGUGAAGCCAUCUGUUCUUGAGGCCGUAUCGAGAUGUACGCAGACUAGAAUUGUGACCUCUAUGGACAAGCUCUUGACGACCACAUUGCAUAGUGAUUGCAGCAGCUUCGAUGUGAAAACCUACGUUCAUAGUGGUCGGAAGAAAACGUAUAUGUACAUUUCCGGCUGCCCGAAAGAGCUGGGAUGCACUAUUGUGCUGCGCGGAGGAAGCGAUGAAGUUCUCGGGAAGGUCAAAAGAAUCACAGAGUUCAUGAUCUACGUUGUUUACAAUUUGCGUCUGGAAACCUGCGUCAUGCGAGAUGAAUUCGUGCAGAUACCGAACACUUCAACAGAAGGCACAAUGGCCGUGACCGAUGCAGAUGGGGCGUGCAGUCCACCACUCAUGACUGGCGAAGGCAGCGGACGACCGGUCGAUUCAUCUAUCACUCAGAAAGCAAUAGCCGAGAAACUUAGCGAAAUGCCUGAUAGCCAAAUCCUCGUUAACACGGAUGCGGCAGACGUUCCGGACAAUAUCCCAAUGCCAACUUAUUAUGACGAUAUGGUUCAGGAUUACAAAACAAAGAUUUUGUCCGCCUCGCCAUUCGUGAAAUUCGAACCUCCCUAUCUCCUAAUGCGUGCACGCGCAAUGGAGCGCAGACUGGCAUAUUUGAAAUUUCUUCGUGAUCGUGACGGCCAUUCUGAUCAGAGCACCGAUGAAAAACUCAAGCCGCAGGAAUUUUUCCUCAUCACCCCGGAGAUGGUUCGUCAAUCGCCGCAAGACGCCCCGGCGAAAGUUAAAGAAGUAUUGCGAGCGGCGCAUGACGCUGAGUACGACCGAGCCCUGUAUCACUAUCAAACCCAAAAACGUCAAUGGGAAGCCUAUGUGGCAGGCAAUGCCAAUAUGUUCGAUCCCUAUGCACACCAGAAUCUGGUAAUUCUAUACAGUCUCGUGUGCACAACGACGUCAGUCCCCUGCUCAGGGCCAGAUAUUUUCGCCCUAGAGUUCUACAAUGAGCAUGGAGAUGACACGAUUUUCGAGUCGGAUCUUACACUUGGGCAGUAUGUCGAGGACCUCUGUCUCACAGCAAACGCGGUGUGCACAGUCAACGGCUGCGAAAAGCGCAUGUUUGAACACCACCGACAGUACGUCCAUGGUGAGGCCCAGAUAAGCGUCCUGGUACAGCCUUACCCUCCCAAGCUCCUUGGGCUUCACGAUGUUAUUCUAAUGUGGAGCUGUUGCAAAAUCUGCGGCAAUGAAACUCAACCCUUACCCAUGUCCAAAAGCACAUGGAAGUACUCAUUCGGAAAAUACCUAGAGCUGUCUUUCUGGGGCAGGAACUUGCAUGCUCGCGCUGGGGUCUGUCCUCAUGAUUUACAGCGGGACCACCUCCGCUAUUUCGGCUUCAAGGAUGUCGCUGUGCGAGUCCAGUAUGACCCCGUCCGUCUCCUGGAGAUCAUCGUCCCACGGCCUCGGGUUACAUGGAAGGUGGACAAUGAUUUGAAGCUGAGGAACGAAGUCUAUUUGCGCACCGAGAAACGUCUUACCAAGUUCAUGACAUCAGUUCAAGACCGUUUGAAAGGCAUCAAUGUCGAGAGCGUUGUCCCCGAGCUGGUUGAGAGUUGCAAGAAGGAGAUCGAUGCUUUAAUCAAGAAGGGCCACCAAGACCAUAACUCGCUUAUCCAGCAACUACAAGACAAAUACACAAGUUCCCGCUACUGGGAGAUCAUACCGCUGAAUGAGGUUCUGCGAGCCGUUCAAGAAAAGGUUGUUGAAUGGGAUACGACAUUCGCCGAAUUCGAGAAGAGCUUCUUCCCAUCCGAGAAAGACAUCAAACAUAUGGCAACACUGCAGCUCAAGAAGAUUUUCCUAGACAAAGAUGCAACCUCGGUGUCCCCGGAGGACGCCCUCCAGACGCCUGCCGACGCACAAGAUGAAAACAACCAGGCAGCGGACAGGCCGCGAAUGAUGCGCCGCAUGACACUAUCCCCAGAGAAGGCGCAGAAUGUCCUAGUCUCCGUUGUUGAAGAGCAUGCUGGCAAAAAGCACCGCGAGGAACUCCAAAGGUCCGGGCUGCCGUCCCCUGUAGCUCUGUCUGAGAAGGCGACUUUGUCACCCGAUGCAGUCGAGGGAACCAGAUCCUCGCCCCAGGAUGAGGUCGUUUCACAAGAUGAAGUUCGUCACCUCGACCUGGCUGUUCCUACAGGGCAAUCGGAACGCAGCCCCGUCGAUCCAUCUGCCGUUCCAAACCAAUUUCAAUUCAAUGCCGAUCUACAUACGGUGGUUCCUGAUGAUGGAUCAUCAGAUGUGCCUCCAUCGGAACUCCCUGAAGCUCUCGAUCAAGGAAUCAAUAAUGAUGUUGAAGGAGAGAUCUCUGACAUGCCGAGCACUCCAGUGCGUCGGCCUUCGGCCAUCCCGAGGCCUACUGAAGCGGCCUUUCGACGCUCUGGGAAGACAAAAUCACCUCCAUUGCUGCGUACUCAAUCCCAGCCCGCGAAUAUACCACGGCCAUCCAACAGCGUUCCAAUACCGGGCCUGAAAACGGCAUCCACCAAUCCGAUUGAGCCAGAAAAGACUGCAGGCCAAUCGCCUACGAAGCAGUCAGACAGGAAAUUGAGCGAUCGUUUGGGUUUGAGUUCCCUUAAAAGCGCUCGUUUCAGCUCGGGUCACUCGCUCAUCCCACGCUCGACUCCAGGCAAAAGGGGAAGCUCGCGGGUUUCCAAUCUCGCUAAGCAUUUUGAGCAAUUGAGCCGCGAAUUUGAGAAGGAACGACAGCGUGAAAGGCGUCAACGCGCUGCCAAGGGUACGCAUUCGCGGGCAUUCCCGCUGGCAUCGUCGAAACCUAUUGUGGAGGUCUAUCAGAAUGUCCGAGAGGCUGUCGAAGAACGUGAACCACCGGUAGACAGUGACGUAUCUUUGCCCACGGCCCCAGGUAUUCCUACGGAUGACAUGAGUCGCAAGAGCGAGGAACUAUUGGAUCACCACACAAUUUCUGAAGAUCAUGACCCCUCCCCGCCAGACGAAAUCCCAGAUGAACCUGUGGAGGUAGAGGACGCGCUUCGUUCUGACCAUCAUCUAUUGUUUGAUGGCGAAGCAGACGAACCUCAAAGUGAUGAAGAACGAAACACGGCAGGAGACCUCCAUCCCGUGGAUUCGCAUGAAGAGACCAAACACUUAGCAGAGGACGAUUCAAUUGAUUUUAAAGAUCUACCCAAGCAUGAGCGCACCACUCUUCUGAAAAUGCUAACGAACUUUUGGUCUGAACGUUCUGCGAGCGGAUGGGCGUCUCUUGAGUAUCCCCUCAGUGUCAUGGAUCAUGUCUUCGCUGAUUGUGAUAUUAUCGUUCGUGAGGAUGAACCAAGCUCGCUGGUUGCGUUCGCAUUGGACUCUUUCGACUACAAAGAAAAGCUUUCAAGCAUUCAACGGCGCUUCGAUGAAGGGGACAAGCAAAACCCGCACUCUGGGAAUGACGAUGAGGCCACGAACGAAGCACGAGUCGAGCAUGCUCUCUUGCGACCGACGGGCACGCACCUCAAGUAUCAAUUCCAAGAAGGCCCGGCCAAGAUGCUGUGCAAAGUCUUCUACGCUGAGCAGUUCGAUGCUCUGCGACAGAAGUGUGGAGUUGCCGAUCGGAUUGUCGAGUCGCUGUCUCGAUGCGCAAAAUGGGACUCGAAGGGUGGCAAGACGAAAUCUUUGUUCCUGAAGACCCUUGACGACCGAUUCAUUCUCAAAUCACUAUCGCCAAUUGAGACACAAGCCUUCCUCAAAUUUGCGCCAGCAUACUUCCAAAUUAUGUCUGAAGCUUUGUUCCAUGAGCUUCCUUCCGCAAUCGCCAAGAUGUUUGGUUUCUACCAAGUCAUCAUCAAGAAUCCAGUCACAGGAACCGAGUUCAAUUGGUAUUUGCUGCUCAUGGAGAACCUGUUCUACGAUCGCGUCCCCACGCGCAUCUUCGACCUGAAAGGCUCGAUGCGAAACCGCAAAGUGGAGAGCACGGGUGAACGAGACGAGGUCUUGUUGGAUGAGAACAUGGUGGAUUUCAUCUACGAGACACCUCUCUUCGCGCGCGAGCACUCGAAGAAACUUCUUGGCCAAAGCGUGUGGAAUGAUACUCUCUUCCUAGGUCGCCAAGACGUCAUGGACUACUCACUCAUGAUCGCUAUCGAUGAGCCCCGUAACGAGCUCGUGGUAGGCAUCAUCGACUGUAUCCGCACCUACACCUGGGACAAGAAACUCGAGUCCUGGAUCAAGGAUAAAGGGUUUGCUGGCGGCGGUCGCAAUCGGCCAACUGUCACAAGUCCACGGGAAUACAAGGGCCGUUUCCGUGAGGCAAUGGCCAGAUACGUACUCCAAGCUCCAAGCUGCUGGCAUCAAUUCCAAUCAAAUGCCGUCUACCGCUAUGACAAUCUCACCGCCGAGAUUGAAAAUGUUGAGGGCAGCGCAGGUAUGGAAGAGGCUGUCUAG